UUUUUUUUAUUCCUUUCAAUUGUGACGCGAUGCGAAGGGAGGAAUUCCUCGCGAGAGAUUCGGAAAUUUGAUGAAGGCACUUCGAACGCGGAAAGAUCGUGCACCUCACGUGUACGCGCGCGCACCCGCUCGCCCGCCCGCCCGCUCGUCCGCGCGCUAGGAUCCAGCUCGCGUGCGUGCAUGUCCAUCCAGGCACGCGGCGAAACGUCAUCGCGUCGCGCGUGCACAGCGUUCGCCUCGGAGGUUAUGUCGGGCUAUGUUUAUCGCCUCUCGAUUAUUCCUAAACGUCGCGGUGAACGCGACAACGUGACCUUUGGCCGAGCGGGCGCGUACUUUAUUUCCCUCGCUGAAUCGCGCGACAUCGCGCUGGAUCCGCAUCGCGAUGAUUUAUCUUUGCUCCAGUUCGCUGAUGACAACCUGCUGGAGAGUUCGACGGUUUUAGUAAUAAUAAUGAUGGAACUGAUGGACUGAUAGAACGUGCACGGGCAAGAUACGUCAUGGCGAGCGCGAGGAGCGAGGAUAGAAUCAUUUUAGAAGCGGAGACUGUCUUUCUGUUGAUGAAAAAAGGUUUUCCCAUUUCUCGCAAUGUGAGAGCUCAAUGGCUACUGGAGCACUUGGACUCUGUGAUAAGUAUACAAUGUCCAAGUAUAAAGAAUAAGGAGGAACCGGAGUUAGAGAUAGUGUCGGUGCUACCAAGAGAUAGGCCUGUCGCUUGGUCGAUAGAUACCAGCCACCAGUUUCUUUAUAAAGUUGUUUCGACGACAUCGAUUAUAUUCCUGGCGCACAAGUACAGGAUAGUCUUUAGUUUAGACUUAAGUCCGUCGCUUGCUACUGUCGAUGUACAAAGUGGAGAGAUUGUCAUUGAUGAAGUAUGUCUGGCGACAAAACGGUGUCUUGAAGGUAUAACCAGACCAUUUAUGAUACCAGGCAGCAAACGUGUAAUGCAACCUGAAAUUUAUGUGACUGUGAUAGCUCAUACACCGUUCUUUACAAGUCCGGCGCAACAAGUACUGGUACAGGGAUGGCUGAUCACUGUGAAUAAUGUAAAUUCUCUUACACAAUAUAUAGAAAAACAGUUGUACCUAUUAGAGGAGCGAGUGGCAAAUGUUACAGCCAUAGCUAAUCAACAGUUAGAAAAUUUAAGGGCAGAAAGUGAGCGUUUGGUAGGGAGGCUUUUUGAGGAAAGUAGCAACUGUUUGAACAAAAAUAAUUGUAGUAUCUCUAUAGUUUCGCCGGAAGCUAGUUUUGUAAAUAUGCUAAGAUAUGGAAUGCUGGCUCUGACUCUCCUACCUGAGCACAGCUGUGCACAUAUGGUAAUAGUCACGGAUGGUAUCGUCGGAAUUAAGAAUGCUCAUACGUUAGAUUCCAUUAUACAGCAGCUACGCGCUACAACGGUUGCUUGCAGCUUUUUGCGUGUAGGCAGCGCGUAUGAUCCACAUUGCGCGGAUGGUUUAGUGCCAUAUCAAGAUUUGCUAUAUUUCAUUGCCGCAGCUACGCUCGGCAGUUAUAUGUCCUUCAACUCAUAUGUUAUACCUGCGCAAGGAACAGAUAUGAAUCUUUUUCAUAAACAUUUUUUAUGUUGGCAAUUAUAUCGGAACAUAUCGGACGACGAUACAUCGGAUCGUCACUGCUGGCGAACUAAAAAUGAUUGCUUCCACGGACACAAAAGCGGUCAACUUUUAAAGAAAAAGAUUGAUGAUAAAGUUACUUGUACCUUAAGCAGUCUACUAUGUUGUCGUUUAAGAGAAGGAUACUUGAUAAAAAGAGCCAAUAUACGAGACGAUGUUCUUGAAAUAAAUUUUGUGUUGUUAUGGAAAACAAAUGUUUUUUUAGAAUAUCUAGUAAUGUGUCCAUGGUCUUCAAAAUCGUUAUCUCUCUCGAACGUAAUACAAUAUACUAUAACCAUAGAAGCGCCAUAUGAAUUUUUACAUGACAUUACAUGUCUAUCAAAGAAACCGUUGAACUCGCAUUAUCGUCAAGGAGUCAUUUCUCGUUUUUGGACAGCAUUGACUUCGUUAACCGAAAGCGAUAAUAUGUUGGCACACUUUAGCUGGUUUCCAGGCUCUGGAUGGACUUGGUAUAGUGUACCAGAUACUAUCAGAAGCGGGAUGCCUGUGUUUUAUUUAUCAUCUUAUCCAUCACCAAGUACAGUACAGCUUAGCGACGCUGCCUGUCCACAAUUCGGACAGAUAUGGCAACCGGUUGUCUCUUUGGAUCCGCUUCAGUGGGCACGUUGGAUGCACACUCAGAGGAUUACAUUAAUCCUAGCUUACGACAGACCAUUGCCGAGACAUCUUCAUCAAGCAAAUCAGAGUGGUCGUUUUCAAUGCGUUCAGAGUCGACAAGCGGCAGCUGUUUUAUAUGCCAUGCUGAAAAAUUGGGCGACUUUUGUAUUAGUCGAAAAUCACACGUAUGUCCAGUUCAUAUACAGAGAGGCGGAAAAGCCGCCGGUGUCAUUCUCAUUGAUUCGCAUUAAUUGCAAAGCGCUCUGUGUCGUACUCAAUAUAGCUUUCGCCGGCGGCACCGAAGGUGUCGUCCGCCACAACGUAGUUGUAGAUCUCGUGGACAGACUAUCUAAGCUCACAUUGCCAAAUAGGCCGACGGAGCAACGUGAGAUUCCAUGUUGUACAAUAAUACAUAAAUCGCUCGAGCGAAUUCUUGUAAGAUAUGAGCGUAUACCGAGCAAUUUGAGUAUGGUAGUGUUUCCCGACGGGACUCAGCCAACUUGUACAAGGACUGCACUGGGAUUAUUGGGAGGUAGUUUAACAACUACCUUGUCUAGAUAUUUGUAUCACAAUCGAUGGCUGUGGCAUGUAAAACGGCCAUUUGUUCAGACUAUCCCGGGAAUUACUUUAUCUAGAUUAAACAUUACUGCAAUCGCGAGAAUACUAUCCACAAUUACGAAAAUACGUCUAGGAGAAGGCUUCAAUUUUGCAUAUUCGGCGGCUGGUAUUACAAACAUGGUGUUAGAAGUGCAAAUGCAGGGCUUCGGAAAUGACGAGAAUUUUUAUCCAUGUAUUAUUCAAUACGUUUUAUUUCCACCACAUGUUGUACCAAGUGCAACAUUAGAACGCGAUAGCGGCACCGACGAUGAUACAGAAGAAGGUGUCACCGAGGCAGAAGUGUGGACUGAAGAUUCUGAAGGAUACAACGAUUUUCAAAUUGUUACGGAAGUUUGGGUUGAACCCCAAUGUGGAUAUGUACAAAUACCUACACAAUCAAUUGCUAUGUAUAUGCAUCCUCUGCAGUAUCAUCAACUGCCAGAUGCAAUCGCCCGAAUAGAUGAGGAAUGUAUUAACGCUCUGUUGACCCUAGAAUACUUGAGCCUCUUGUGCCAAGUAACACCGGUGGAAAAAGAUACCGAAAUCGUGCUCGGACAAGCGCAUCAAGGAAUCAAAUAUCAUAGUAUUAUGGGCACAUCUACAGAUCAUAUCUCGGAAUGUCCAAAUCCUGCCGAACCUUUCGAAGCGACACCAAUCAUUGACGAGAGAAUACAUCCCAUGUACUUCUCGUUUGAUACUCUGAGCAUUUUGCCAAAGUGUCAGCAGGCGGAACUUUUGUUCUCGAUGUUUGCCGAUGAUCCUGUACAUAUCGACGAGGAUAGGGAUAAUGCAAAUAGAAUUCUUAUGGAUAAUUUUCUGGAACAUAUGAAACAAUUGCACAAUAAAGAAUUAUUACUUACGUCGGCAGAAUCGCAAAGGUUCACUAGAAUGCUUCUUAACAGGCCACGCGAGAAUAUUCCACCGUUACCUUUCUUUAUGCAAAAAGAAAAGAAUUGUAAAGAUGACGCAUCGGAGAUUUAUCCAAGAUGGAAAUGUUUCGUUAAAGGAAUUAGCACGACACAUGUCAUUAUUACAAUAUUACCAGCGACUGAAAAAGAUGUUCGUUUAAUAAUGUAUACAGGCGAUAAUUGCACAAGUAACAAUUCCGAGAAAAAUUGUGAUUCUGAUAUUUUCGACCUUGAUAUAAACGAAAAGGUAUCAUCUCCAACAUUGUGUGCAGAAAAUACAAAUUUACCCGAUUUUGUGACAUUGGAACGCAGAGAAUCCAAAAUUUCUAAUCAAUCUACUACUGCAAAUAGCACGUCGAAGGCUAAUGUUGAACAUAAUUUUGAUAAUAUUGACAAUGAGGGAAGCCUUGUUAUACCUGUAUACGUAUAUGAUUGUUCACUAGCAUUAUUAAUUGAUGCACUGGUCGGUCAAUUGCAAACACCUCAGAAUAAAGACAUCUAUCAAGAUCAUACCUUUAAAAUUGGGGAACAAAUUUCCGAAGAUUUUGUCAGUCUUAAAUCAGAAAACAACACAAAACCCUCAUCUCCUGAACCAAAGAGCGAAGAUUCUGACAAUAUUUCUAGUGAUCAACGAAGUUUGAUGGAGCAUUGCAAAUUGUUGAGCUUAGCGCAUUGCCAUUGUUAUGUUGUCGCGGUUUAUAAAUCACUUGCGUUGCAACAAGCAUUAAGCUACGAAGAUAUGGAGGCUGCUGUAGGACAAUGCGAAGAAAAUCUGAUUGAAAUUAAUAUUACAAAUUAUCUAAGAUCGGUGUGCAGGCAUUUGAGCAUGUUGCCAGAAGGCGAUUUGCUGAAUCAAUUAAAAAUCUCUGCGUGCAAUGAUGUUAAACCAUUACACAGUUUGAUAAAAAAUAAAUUUAAAAGGAUUAUGGCAGUCUCAUUUAGGCCUGUACCUGCACAUCCAGAAUUUUAUUAUUGUUUACCAUCAUGGAUGUCGGAGAAAAUAGAAGUGGUGUCACAUAGAACAGAUAGCGAUGAUGAUUUAGACGAAUUUACAUGUCAUUCUGAAAUCCCGGCUCCAAAAACAGAUAAUUCUUCUAAUCAAGUGAGUCAAAUUGUCAAUACAUGGCCAGUCAUGAAUCUUCAUAACAAUAAGAAGUUGUCUCAUUCCAAUUCAAAGGAUUCACUUAUAAGCGAUUUCGAUGAGGAAAACACAUGGAAUGUGAAAGAUCAGCCGCUGUUUUUACACUUAAGCUGCUCGAUUCGUUUUCGCUCUGAGCUUUUUAGUAUACCCGUUAAACUAAUGCCUACUUGCUUUACCGAGAUUAUUCAAAGGAUUAAUAACAGCAAAGAAAAAAAUUUUACUGAGUUAAACUUAGAUGAUCUGAAAGUUACUUUGGAUAUCAUUUGUCUGAGCCUUCCAAAAGAAGUAUUGGAAGUGACAUUAGAACGUUCUCCCGCAUUGAGGACGACAUCUUAUUGCAGCGCAUCGACGUUUGGUAGCAUGCCGAGCGGUAGCAGUUCGGAUGCAAAUACGAAGGCUGAAUCGAUACAGGAAAGAAUGCCACAUCCACCUCAACAUCAUGCGGUGGCUCAGUUGAAGGAUGAGAUAGAAUGGUUGUUGCGAGAUGAAACCGCGACAGCACUUCUGGAUCAUCCUUCACCGAGCGCAGAUACAUUAAAGUUUAUAGCACAGCAUGUGUCGGAAUCUACCGGGAGGUCCAGUUGCUCGAUGGAUAAAGUACCUUUACAUUUUGUCUUUCCGUCAGAAAAUAGUGCACCUAAAUUUUUGAAGGAAUUAAAAAAUCUUGAGAUUGACAAAUACUGCAUUUACCAAGAGACUGAUUUAUUCUAUUUUAUUAAGAAACCAAAAAAAAUAAUACCUGAUAUCGAAGCAGAUACAUUACAUGUAGACAUAAAGGAACAGUCACUGAAAGACGAUGUAAUUACAGAUGAAAGCAUUGAAAAUGUCGAACAGGAAGAGCUAUCUACUAUGAUACAAAUAAAUGGGCAGGAUUCUGGAGAUGCGCCGGGUUAUUAUUCUGAAAUAUCAAGUAUAGCCGAAGGAAAACACGGGACGGAUGAUGGAUAUGAAGGCGAUAGCAGUAAUUCCGAGGAUGAUUAUCAAUGGUUAAUAGAACUUGAUAAACGCAGAAGUUGUUUACCCAAUUUCUGGUUAAUUAUGAGUGUCGAAAGUAGUCAUGUUAACAUUUAUUUUCACUGCAGAUUUUUGGAACUUUCUUCACCGGAAGUAGAUUGUUAUUUGCAAAUACAGAAAAUGUUGCUGACUCAAAUCAAAGCUAUAUGCCGACGAGUAAAUCAAUAUUUACUUUUACAAAAUCUUCACGAUACUCGUACAUGCGAUCUACUAUUGGAAGCAGAAUCUACUGAAGAUCAUAAUACUUGGAGAGAAACUGGCGGAGAGCCCGGAAAUCUUUCUCAGAUUCAUAAUUCUUCAGCGAAUGUUACACCUGGCAUGUUCAGAUGCCCCGUUAUUUGGGAGGAACCCUUCAAUUUGCACCCUCGCUUAAAGACCGGGCCUGGAAGAUCCGGAUUAUCGAGAGGGAUCAAAGCAUUACAUGGCGUACUCAAUAGACUCUCCGUUAAUAAUCGAAAUAAUAUGUUUGUGUAUCAGGAAAAUAAUGAAAAUGUAUUUUAUCUUCGGCUUCACGAGCAGACGAACGACGGUAAUACUUUGCAGAAUAAAUUGUCCGAGAGUGAUGAGAAGUUGGUCGUCUCGCGUAGUAACAGCGUCGCAUCUUUAUCGCAGGCUAAAAGCAUCAGUCUGGUGAAUGACCAUGCAAUACCGAACGACACGAGACCCAGAGUUCGUUCGUUUGGCGAAAAAGAGUCCGAUAUUUUAAACAAAACUGGCGAUUCAAUUAUCCUGAUGGUACACGGGAUAUCGGAAGCCGGUCCGGAAGUCAAACGGGAUUUAGUACAAGUAUUGCAAAAUCGUCUUGACGACGCGGUGUUAGAAGUAUUGUCUGUGAUGUUGGCGCGUAAUCCGAUGUGCAAGCUGACACCGGCAGAUGUACACUUUAUACAAAAACCCUACAAGUCUCCAGAAUGUACGGUGCAAUUGUCAGUGCAAUCGCAUUGUUUGCGAUACAUGGAUGCCUUGGGAUAUUACUUAAGGCAAAACAUAUUGCAAUUUUUGUAUACACCAAAAUAUACGGAUCUCGGCGCACAUUAUCAUUUUCAGGAUUACACUCCAUUAGACGGUGCCAGAAAGAAAGUAUCCGAAUCAGACAUUUUUUUAUACAAUCAGAGUCACUCGAGUGGUAGCAAAGGUAUAGCUUGCAUCGCAUUAGCUAUUACCGAUGGUAAAGGAGAAUCUGGAACACGUUCAAAUGAUCCGAACAAUGAGUCGAGCUUUUCUAAAUUAUUGAAAAUUGAGAAUUUCGAGAGUAUCGUAUCGACCAAUGUUUACGAUCAUAAAAAUGAUUCUAAACCGAACACGCAAGAAUUAAUCGAAUUUCGGAUUUGGAAACAGGGCAGAGUCAAUUUAGAGUCAUUAAUUGUGAAAUUGUCAUCCGCUGUGAAACAUGGUACUUGGGACCUGGUCACGGAGUAUAAUCUUCUAGCAACACCUUUGACGGAGCCAGUAGCUUUCAAUUCUUCAAUCGAAGAAACUACACCGGAAAACAAAGAAAUUCAGACGCCUAUAAAGUCACAGUUACAAAAAAUUUCUGAUAAUUUAUCGCUUAAUCAAUAUGAACUCGGUGAGAAAGGAAAAUUAAAUGAGGUUUAUCAUACUACGCUAGCACGCUGGUUUCAAUUUGCCCUAGAAAUGAGUGUCCCUGCUGUCAAGAAGCACGAAGUGAUCAUUCAUCAUCGGCAUGCGAUUCCCGUGAUCGUGAGAGAACUGCAGAAUCUCAUACGCAAUCAAGAUCCAGACACGUUUAGUAAAGUUUUUGUUUUGCAAGAUCGACAACCAUUCCUAAACCAAUUUGUCGUUUCGCACAAAACUGGAUCUACACUCAAAUGGUCUGAAAGUAUUCGGAAUAAUUUCGAUCAAUCAUUAGCAGAAAACACAGACCAAGAAACCGCAGAUUCGCCCGUAUAUGUACCACAUGAGUUCAACAAAGACGAACAAACGACUUACAUCAAAUGUAUUUUAAUCGCAAGAAAUUUCCAUCAAUGGAAAGCAUCUUUGAGUAAAGAGAUAGAUCCAGAAUUGCUUGCGCCUAAAGAUCAAAAGCAAUUGCAAAAAUUUAAUCCCUUAAUAUCGGAAUCGAAUUUUGUGCCUAGACAAAGAAUACUAUUAGCUGAAAUAUUAAGUGACAAUAUAAUUAUUUAUAUGUAUAAUUGGUCCAAGGAAAAAUCAGAAAAAUUGAUAAAACAAACGACAAGUUUAGGUACAUGGUUGUCUUCUAGAUCGAGUCUAUUUACCAGCAUAAUCAUGCAAAAAUUGGGCAUAUUUCAUCACAAACUCACCCGAGAACCUCAGCAGAGAGAGCAUAGUUCUCAAUAUUAUCAGAUCAAUGACAUGGAAAGUCUAGCGAAAUUUCCAAGUCAGUCAAAUACCGAUAGUAAAGACUGGACGCGAGCAAGCAAUCGAGCGCAAUCGAUGAGGAACAACGCGUCUUCGUGGGUUCAGGUAGUCGGACAGGCAAUGCGUGAUGCAAAACCAAGCACUCCGCAUCCUCAUAAUACGACGGAUGCGAUUGUAAAGGCUGCCUAUGAUUUACAAGAUCUACGGCAUCGAGAAAAAAAAAUCAAAGAGGACUCGGAGAGACUGUACGCGAUGUGGCAGAGCCGCACGUCUAACAUACCGAUAUCGCUGAAUACUUUGAACACGUUCAAGCAGCAUUCUCGGUUAAUACACUUCUGUCACACGCCUCUCCUCUUUUUACCAGCCUGGCGUUUGCAGUCUGCCGCCACGAGAGAUCAUUCGUUGACGGCGCCGCAAUCGUCUCACUUUAACGUGAAUGGCAACGUGCACGAACAAUCGUCGCAAGCAACACAGUCAAGACAGGAAGUGACGAACGCGAUUAUGAUAAAGUGGCAUCAAGAGCUCUGCAAGUCAAUGUUGUCCGAAUAUAAACAGUAUCUACAGAUUUUAGGCUUCAAUCCAAUUCAAGUAGAAUCACCGCAUAAAACGGACGAGGAACACGCGCAGCAGCAGUCUUAUUAUCUCAAGAAAUCGAUGCUGGGUGGUAUUCUGCUGUUCGAAGUUCACCUGUCGCAGCCUUUUUUUAUCGUGAAGUUACAUAUCAUUGAGUGCAACCGUUUACAGAUGAAGACGAGUAGUGGUAUGAUGAACCAGUUUGUACUGAGUUUCGUGGACGUUUGCGACAAGAUUCAAAUCAACAUGCAUCUGCACUCGUUUACGUAUGAUUUUCACUUGCGUUGCAUUCACUCUUACAUCGCUGGAACUGGAUUGUGGUCCUUGCAGCAAGGUUACCAUCUUACUCACUUUAUGGAUGACUUCAUCAAAUAUUAUAGCAAGGCACCGAAUUACGCCAGAAAUCUAAUAUACAGUGAUGUGAUAACUAUACGCAAUAUAGCGAUACCUGCGCGUACGUUAUACUCAUAUUUACUUUCGCACGAGAAGGUAUACGGUAUGCGUGUAUUCGUGAUGUCUGGCGAGCUCCAGGAAUCUCAUGACAACGAAUAUGUCUUGAUUAACCUGCAAAGUACUCCUUUAGUAAGUUAUUGCGACGCUCAGGAUAUGAGGUACACAGAUGAUUUCGACGUGGCGCUAAUUGUGUCACGCAUGGAACAGUCACCGCAAAUCGAAAGGACUGAGAUCACUUUAAAAUAUUAUCUGAUGUUGACAAGUAAGAGAGAAUUGUAUCCGAAAAGGGAGGUGGAGAACAACAAGCUAGGAAAGUUUAGGACCGUGUACAGUGUUGGGAAGUCGGCGACUAGCUCGUACACAGAGAGCCCCGUUGAAUCCAAUUCCGUCUCACCUAUGCCGCCGUUCGUGAGGGGCAAUUCCAGGACAGAAAUGUCGAGUGUCGAUCAGCAGGAGAGGAGUCUCGACUCCUCGGGCGAUAUGCUUGUUAAAGAUGCCGAUAUCAAACCGACGAGCUAUAAUGUUCAUAAUAGUUCGGCGCCGACACCUCCACCAGUCCCAAACUCCCCUCUAGCGCAAAAUUCCAACAUUCCGAGUGCAAUUUCGAACGCAACUUCAUCAUCGUCGUCGCCACAUUUGGUGCAGAUUCGCCAGGAAUCAGUCAACUAUUUGGGCUACUAUUCAUCACACGAACAGCUCAUGCAACAAAUGAUUAUGGCCCAAGCAAACGCCGCGCGUCAGCACAUAACAAAUAUGGUGGAGCGUGGCGCAUUGCAGUGCCGAACGCAUUUACUUUGGGAUAAAUUAUUGGAGAACAAGACGUCGAUGACGUAUACCGAAUUUAAAGAACUUUGUUCUUUGGCUCAUAUUGAACCCCUUUCCAAUUUGGAUCCUAGGCUCGGCCCGCUCGUCAACCAACCAGUUUCGUGGUACCAAGCGUUAUCCAAAGUAUUGCAAAAUAAAUAUCAAGAGCAUCACAAACAGUUCAUUACCUCUGACGGGAAUAUUACCCAUCAUCUCAUAUUGCAUCCGACUCUGCUUCAAGCAUUCAUGAUGUUGACCAUUGAUCUACAUACAUCAAGAGGAGAUUUAUGUGCUGUUUAUCGGAAAUCCACAGAAAUCAACAUGCCCAUAAACAUGGAAGACGUCUAUGCCUUAAUCGAAGGUUUCGUAAACGCUUGUUGCUUCCAUUUAUGGAUGGGCCUCUGUAAUCAGUGAUAACAUUCCGGACAUACAACGCAAUAUUACAUUGCUUGUGAAAAUUUUUAGGUACUUAAAUUAUGUGGUGUUAUAUACCGAUUUAGCAAAUUAUCCACCGAACACGCGUAUCAGCGCUCUAAUUACUAAUAUAGAUUAUUACACUUAUACGACUUUGUAAAUAUGAAAUAUAUAUUUUCAUGUUACAUACAUUAAUUCUCAUGUAAUUAAUCGAACAAUAAUUUAUUCGGUAAUACAUAUAAAGUUAAAGUUAAAGUAUCUUUAAAAGGAGACUCUAAAAAUUGUAAACAUUACGCAGCAUCGACAUCUGUCUACUCAGGAAACUCAGAAGUUAGCAAUUAAGGACUCUGUGCAAUAACAAAAGAAUGCAACUGCUUUUUUUUUAUAAGAAA